AUGUCCGUCCCCGCCACUGACCCCGCAGUUUAUGCGGAAUACGAAUCCAAAUGGUCCAGCCUGCCCGACACCGAAGAAGCCUGGAUCGCAAGAGCGCGUGAAGUCUCCGAGGUUCUAGCAAAAGAUGCCACUCAAAGAGACCAAGAGAACAAGUCUCCACGCGCGGAAGUGGCUUUGCUGAAAUACUCGGGCUUGACCAAGGUGCUCGGCCCUAAGAAGUAUGGGGGUGGAGAGCAACCCUGGAGUGUGGGAUACAAGGUAAUCCGUGAGGUUGCCAAAGCAGAUGGAUCCAUCGGCAUGCUGUUGGGUUACCACCUCCUCUGGUCGACUACAGCAAAUGUCGUCGGUACACCCGAGCAAGCCGAGCGGACCAAUGAGUUGGUUAUCAAGAACAACUACUUUAUCGGCGGGGCGGUGAACCCCCGCGACAGUGAUCUGAAGAUCGUCUCCGAUGGGGACCAGAUCGUGUUUUCGGGAAACAAGUUCUUCAACACUGGCGGUGUGGUUUCCGACCUGACCGUCCUGGAGGGUGUCCUGGAGGGAACUCAGGAUCACAUCUUCGCCAUCGUCGAGACCCGUCAAGCUGGGAUCCAGUUCGCCCAUAACUGGGACAACAUCGGUCUACGCUUGACCGAGUCUGGUGGCGUGAAGAUUGACAACGUGCGCGCUCCGUGGACCGAUGCCUUGGGCUGGGAUCCCGCCAGCAAACAACCCCGGGAGGAUACGCUGAAGAUCGCGUUCCCGACUUUACUGCUGCCCACUAUCCAACUUGUGUUCAGUAACUUUUACCUGGGCAUCGCUCUUGGUGCAUUGGAGUUCGCUUCCAAGUAUACCACGACUGCGACGCGUGCUUGGCCCUUCGGUGGCGACAACAAGGAAUCCGCGACCGAUGAAUUCUAUAUCCUAGAGCGGUAUGGUAACUUCUUUGCUCAUCUGCGGGCUAAUGAAGCGCUUGCCGAUCGCGCCGGAGAUCAGCUCUCGGCGCUGUAUGGCCGUUAUCAGAAUGAUAAGGCCGCUCUCACCCCCCGCGCCCGCGGGGAGGUGGCCGAGUGGGUGGCCAGCGUCAAGAUUGUCAGUACUGAUGAGGCUCUCCGAGUGACUGCUGGGGUCUUUGAAGUGACUGGUUCUCGUGCCACUGCCUCCAAGGUGGGCCUGGAUCGAUUCUGGCGUGACGUGCGGGUUCAUACCCUUCAUGACCCGGUGGCAUACAAGAAUCGUGAAGUGGGACGAUAUGCGCUGUUGAAUGAGGUGCCUGAGGCUACCUGGUACACUUAG